UUUCCGGUGGGUCACAUUUCUCUACCGCUCCAGUUUUGGAAAAAAGAUGGCGGACAUGGACGAAUUGUUCGGCAGUGAUGGAGACAGCGACAACGAGCAGCGAGAAUCUGCAUCCGGCUCUGGUUCCGACUCGGAGCCGGAGAGACCUCGGGCUGCCAGCAACGUGUCAGGCAGCGGCAGUGGCAGUGGCAGUGAGAGGGAGCGGGAUGAUGAUGAUGAAGAGGAGGGAAACGAGGCAGGGAAGCCGAGUAUUAAUAAGGACACACAGAGCAGUGAGCGACCAUGUACGGCGCCCGGGGAGCAGAUGUUGGGGGAGUAAGGUGCCUUGCUCAGGGGCACUAGACAGGGAGCUGUUUGGAGACGACAGUGAGGAUGAGGUGCACAGUCAACGCAGCGCCAGCGACAACCCGUCUGAGCGCUCUGGGAAUCAGUCGGAUGCCAGCAUGCACUCAGAGCCGGUAGACAACGAUCACUCUGACGCAGAGCAGCACAGCGGCUCAGAGCGCGGCCAGCGAGACGAGGAUGAAGAUGACGAGGACCGGGGCCGCCGCUCAGACGGGGGAAGCCCGGCUGGCAGCGUGAUGUCUGGAGCAGGGAGCCCUCACUCUGAGAGAGGCAGUGUGCGUUCAGAAAGAAGCGUGCACAGUGAUCCUGCGUCUCCACAGUCGGCGCCGGCCACUCCACGCUCUGACGGAGAAGCCUCUGGCAGGGAGAACCAAUCAGACGAUGAGAAGUGGGAAGGAGGGGCCAAGAGCGACCAGUCUGAUGAUGAGGAGGUGAAACGUCAUUACUCUGACGAAGAAAGAGAGAACUCUGAUGACGAUGGGCCGAGGAACAGGAAGUCAGUGUCCGCAAAGGGCAGCGACAGUGAAGAUGAUUUCCUCAGACAGAAAACCAAAGCAAAAGCCACAUCUGAUUCAGAUUCAGACAGUGACGUCGGAACAAAGAAAGUAAAGAAAACUGCAGCAGACGACCUGUUUGGAGAAGCUGACGACAUCUCUUCAGACAGCGAUGCCGACAAGCCUCUGACCCCAGGACAGCCCCUGGACGCAGACGAUGGGAUGGAUGGGGAUCACCCAGAAGAGGAGCAUGCGCCUGAAACUCGUAUUGAAGUCGAGAUCCCCAAAGUCAGCACUGACCUCGGAUCUGACCUUUACUUUGUCAAGCUGCCCAACUUCCUGUCCGUGGAGCCCAGACCUUUCGAUCCUCAGUACUAUGAGGAUGAAUUCGAGGAUGAGGAAAUGCUGGAUGAAGAGGGACGGACCAGGCUCAAACUGAAGGUGGAGAACACGAUUCGGUGGAGAGCCAAGAAAGACGAGGAGGGAAACGAAUCACGAGAGAGCAACGCACGCAUCGUCAAAUGGUCGGAUGGCAGCAUGUCCCUCCACCUGGGGAACGAAGUGUUCGAUGUUUACAAAGCUCCUCUCCAGGGAGACCACAACCAUCUGUUCAUCCGACAGGGCACUGGACUGCAGGGGCAGGCUGUGUUCAAAACCAAACUAACGUUCAGGCCCCACUCCACAGACAGCGCCACCCACAGGAAGAUGACUCUGUCUCUGGCUGACCGCUGCUCCAAGACGCAGAAGAUCCGAAUCCUUCCGAUGGCUGGAAGAGAUCCUGAGUCGCAUCGUACGGAAAUGAUCAAGAAAGAGGAAGAGCGGCUCCGAGCCUCUAUCCGCAGGGAGUCCCAGCAGCGGAGGAUGAGGGAGAAGCAGCACCAGAGAGGCCUGAGCAGCAGCUACCUGGAGCCCGACCGCUACGACGAUGACGAGGAGGGCGAGGAGGCAAUCAGCCUGGCAGCCAUCAAGAGCAAGUACAAGGGAGGAGGAGGCGGCCUGAGAGAGGAGCGAGCGAGGAUCUACUCCUCAGACAGCGAUGAGGGCUCUGAUGACGAUAAAGCCCAGAGGUUGAUGAAGGCCAAGAAGCUGGACAGUGAUGAGGAGGGCGAGGGAUCCAGCAAGAGGAAAGCAGAGGACGACGACGAGGAGGAAACGUCCACUAAGAAGGCCAAGAAAUAUGUCAUCAGUGAUGAAGAGGAGGAGGAGGAGCUGGAGCUGGAGCCUGAGCAUGAGCCGGAGCAGGAUGAAGAGCAGGAGCAUGAGCCAGAGCAUGAGCCGGAGCAGGAGCAAGAACAGGAGCCGGAGCAAGAGCCGGAGGAGGACGAGGAGGAUGAUGAUGAUGAAUAAUUUGCUUCUUUUUUUUUAUCAUUCCACUGUAUUAUCAGUGCUCAGCCCACAUGGCUUAUAAACAGCCAUAUUUUUGUUUUGUAUAUUUUCUUAAGACCUGUGUGUGUGGUUGAGUGUUUGUGUGUCUGAUAGUGUGUUUGCUUGUCUAUGUUGUGUACAGCAGAGGUGAGAAAUAAAAGAGAUGGUUUGUGUGAUGUAACCAAA